AUGCAGGCGAUCAGUGGCCAGCUCACAGAGUUUGCGGAUAAUGAGCAGUUUUACAUGCGGCAGCAGGUUCAACAGACACAUCCAGGUCAGCAACAACCAGGAGGGCUACCACAGAUGUUUUCUCCACAAGUAAACCAUGCACGUCUGCUGGGCCAGCAGCAGCAGCUCAUGCACGGAAUGGAGGGGGGUCAGGACCUACAGGCGACGUACCUUCUAAAACAGAAAAUGGAGGCGGCCAACGCGGCCUUUGGACACCAGCAGCAAGGCCUGCAGCCGCAGCAGGCACAGCAGCAACUGCUGGCGAGCGGCGUGCUGAACGCGCCGCCUGGCGUGUCGCUAGUGCAGCAGGGCGUGGGGGGGAUGGCGCCACCGCCCGGUGCGCUGCCGCCGCAGCUGCCGCUGGCGACCGGCGUGCAUGGUUCUGGCCUGGGCCUGGCCCCGGUGCCGCUGAUACACCAUCCGAACCACCUGCUGGUGCGCGAGGUGUGGGCCAACAACCUAACGGCCGAGUUCGCUUCGAUCCGGCGCCUUGUCGAUCAGUACAAUGUGAUCGCGCUGACGACGGAGUUCGUGGGCACGAUCGUGCGCCCGAUCGGAAACUUCCGCUCCAAGAACGACUACCACUACCAGACAAUGCGCACAAACAUCGACCUGCUCAACCCUGUGCAGAUAGGCCUGUCCCUGAGCGACGCGCAGGGAAACAAGCCGGACAACGUGCCGUCCACCUGGCAGUUCAAUUUUCUUUUCGACAUGUCCAAAGAGAUGGUAUCACCAGAGAGCCUGGACCUUCUGAAGAAGUCGGGCGUCGCUUUCGACAAGCACCAGAGCAUUGGUGUAAAUGCAUACGACUUCGCGCAGCUUCUCGUCGACUCCGGCCUUCUGCUCACCGACGAGGUCACAUGGGUAUCAUUCCACGCCGCGUACGACUUCGGUUUCCUCGUCAACAUCCUCACCGACGCCUCCAUGCCCAACAACAAGGAGGACUACGAGUUUUGGGUCCAGAAGUUCCUGCCCAGUUUCUACGACCUCAAUGUACUAAGUAAGGCCGUGCAUGACCUCAAGGGCCAGCGCUCCAUCCCACAGCCACAGCACUCGCUGGAGUCACUGGCAGACGAGCUCGGCAUCCCGCGUUUCCCGCUCUUCAACACUACUGGCGGCCAGAGUCUGCUUGCCCUGCUCGCUUUUGUCCGCCUCGCCAAGUUCCCCGUCUUCAAGCUUUCCAACGGCUCCCUUGACUUCGCACAGUUCAAAAACUCCAUCUAUGGCAUCAACAAGGAGUGA